CGACAUCCACGACAUCCAGUAUUGCAAUGGCGCCCAAGGGAGACAAGUCAUCCAACAAAAAGCCAGCGGCCAAGGCCAAUGCCGCCGCAAAGGCAGCACUCAAAGGCUCGAAUGCGCACAAGACACGCAAAGUCCGUUUGAGCACGACGUUCCGUCGACCGAAGACGCUCUCCCUGCCGCGGGCACCAAAGUACCCUCGCAAGUCUAUCCACUCUGAGCCACGUCUGGAUGCCGCAAACAUCCUGCUCUACCCCCUCAACACCGAGUCGGCCAUGAAGAAGAUUGAAGAGCACAACACGCUGGUGUUCAUCGUUAACGUCAAGGCCAACAAGCAGCAAAUCAAGGCCGCACUCAAGUCCAUGUACGAUGUCGACACUGUCAAGAUCAACACGCUCGUCCGCCCAGACGGCACCAAGAAGGCUUACGCCCGCCUGACACCGGAUCUGGACGCCUUGGACGUGGCAGCAACCAAACUGUCCAUUGUCUAGAGGUUUAAUGCAUGGAAGUGGGUUUGGCGUUCUAAGAAGCAUUGUGUCAUCAUCAUGAGGAGCGGGUUAAAAAGUCUCCUAUGGGUGUCAUUAUUUUUCCCCGUUCCGAAAGGAGACGGGACGACGAUCUGAGGGCCGUCGGAGCUUGAUAGCGAAAAUAAAUGCAUUUACACAUAUACCCAUGCAACGUUGGUAUUUUGUGGUCAAUCGAAGUCUUUCAUUGAGUGAUGAGUCUCUCUCCGCCGAUUGCUGAUAUCGCUGUGAGCGUGUAUAUAUGCCCACCUAUACGGCGGAAACGCCAGUAAUGCCCUGUCUAUGCCAUGUAUCUUAUUCUUACAGUCCACAUCCUAUACCAUACAUGUCUUUAAACA